AUGGCCCAGCUGAAUGGAGAACUGUUUUAUGUGGCAUGCUGUCCUCAUGAGAUGGCAUCAACACCAUCAGUGAAAGCAUUUGGAAAGGAGCCUGCUCCUCGCUUCACCAAGCCGUGCCUGCGCUCAGCAGGGUGGUACAAUGCCAGCAGAACCAGCGGGCACACUGCUCUCCUGGGAAGCUGCGAAAGUAAUAUGUAUAAUUUAGCGAUAAGUAAGAUUGCGAGGGAUGAUAUGUACCUCGAACGAGCAUCAGCGACUAAGAAGGACCCUUGCGGGGGCGGAGGGGGGGGAAGGGGGCAGCGCGGGCAGCGGACUCCCUCCCCCAGCCAGCAGCUGCAGGAGCUGGAGGCCACCUUCCAGCGGAAUCGCUACCCGGACAUGUCCACCCGGGAGGAGAUCGCCGUCUGGACCAACCUCACCGAGGCCAGGGUUAGGGUUUGGUUCAAGAACCGCAGAGCCAAAUGGAGAAAGAGAGAGAGGAACCAGCAAGCCGAGCUUUGCAAAAACGGCUUCGGUCCACAGUUUAACGGCCUCAUGCAGCCCUACGAUGACAUGUACCCCGGCUACUCGUACAACAACUGGGCAGCUAAGGGCCUGACCUCCGCUUCCCUCUCCACCAAAAGCUUUCCCUUCUUCAACUCCAUGAAUGUCAACCCUCUGUCUUCUCAGAGCAUGUUCUCCCCUCCAAACUCCAUCUCCUCCAUGAGUAUGUCUUCAAGCAUGGUACCCUCUGCAGUCACCGGGGUCCCCGGCUCCAGCCUCAACAGCCUGAAUAACUUGAACAACCUGAGCAAUCCCUCCCUGAAUUCUGCAGUGCCAACGCCAGCCUGUCCUUAUGCUCCUCCAACACCUCCGUAUGUUUAUAGGGACACAUGUAACUCGAGCUUGGCGAGUCUGAGACUUAAAGCCAAGCAGCACUCCAGUUUUGGCUAUGCCAGCGUGCAGAACCCCGCUUCCAACCUGAGCGCUUGCCAGUACGCGGUGGACAGACCCGUGUGAGACACCCGAGUAGGAAACACUGCAUGGGAAUCCCUCCCCAUUUCCCGCAGAGACUGAGAAUUACACUAGAAAGUAAUGGGCACUAGAGAGAAAGAGAAAGGAGGAAAAAUCAGAGAGAGGCAGAGAGAGAGAGGGGAAGAGGCAGAGAGAGAGAGAGGAAAAAGAGGAAACCACUGAAAUCAGAUAGUUCCUUUGUUUUCAAAGGACCUCCUACAGAUUCUGAGAUCUUUCUUUCACCAGGAGUAUUUCAACAGUUACAAGGACAUAUAUAUAUAUAUAUAUAUAUGGACAAAUGUUUGACUGGAUAUGAUAUGACAUUUUAAUGUUACUAUAAGCUUGUUAUUUUUUAAGUUUAGCAUUGUUAACAUAAAAAUGACUGAAAGGAUGUAUAUAUAUCGAAAUGUCAAAUUAAUUUUAUAAAAGCAGUUGUUAGUAAUAUCACAACAGUGUUUUUAAAAGGUUAGGCUUUAAAAUAAAGCAUGUUACACAGAAGCGAUUAGGAUUUUUUCGCUUGCGAGCAAGGGAAUGUAUAUACUAAAUGCGACACUGUAUGUUUCUAACAUAUAAUUAUUAAAAAAAAAACAUUGUGUGAAUAUCAGUUUUAGAAUAGUACCUCUGGUGGAUGCAAUGAUGUUUCUGAUAUUGCAAUGUAAAACAUGCCCUGUGUAUAACAUUUCGUACAAUAUUAUUGUUUUACUUUUCAGCAAACAUGAAAAAAAAAUGUGUUUUAUUUCAUGGGAGUAAAAUAUACAGCA